AUGAGAGUCGGACUGGUCUUGCUCGCGGCUUCUGGCCUGGCUCAGGCCCAAUACUUCAUCACCGCGCCGCUGUCGACUUCGAUCAUUUCUCCCACCCUAAGCGCUUCUACUGCUGCAUCUGUAUCCUGGUCCGGAAACAACACCUCAACUCACAUUACGACCCCUAUUGGAACUGCUUCAGCCUCUCUUAACGGCACAACAACCACCAGCCGCACAACAUCCGCCAAGACCUCUACAUCUUCUACGUCUGACUCUGAGUCUUCCAAGACCAGCACGGCCGCCCAAAGCUCCUCCACCAACUCCGAUGACAAGGGUGGCUCUUCCAAACCGAUGGUUGGGGCGGGUGUCAUGGCCGUUGCUUUUGCCCUCGCGCUCUAG